AUGCAGCAUUGGAGACUCUGGGAGACUGUGCAUGUUGCACUCAAGCUGGGGCUGCUGCAGCAGCAGCAGGUGCAGCAGCAAAUGAUACGCUGCAGCAGCAAACUCACGUGGCUUUCGCAUCACUUGGAGACUCUGCAGGAAGCAGCAGCAGCAGCAGCAGCUGCUGCUGCUGCUGUUGUUACUCCUGAGGAGAAGCAGCAGCGGGAACGGGUUUGGAGACAGGAGACACUUCGCGCCAAAGUGCUGCUGCUGAACCCGCUGCCUCAGACUUGUGCAUGCAGCAGCAGCAGCAGCAGCAGCACGAGCGUGAAGCUGCUGCUGCGCGAUGUGCUGCGGCCUCCUCCUCUUUGCAUUGGUGAAGGAGACAGUCCCCUCUCAGCAACACAGAAGAUAAGAGACUUCAAACGCGCAGACCUCACACAAGCACAAGUGCUGCUGGUGGAAGACAUGCAUUUGCUGCUGCAGCUGCCUCCGCAUUUGUUUACGGGUCUACGACAAGUUGUGUGGCUGGCCCCUCCCCUCAGCAGCAAACGCCUGUCUCCAGCAGCAGCAGCAACAGCAGCAGCAGCAGCAGCAGCAGCGGAGACAUCGGAUAACAGUCUCCUCGCGAUGCCGCUACCUCAAGGAUGUGCUGCUCUCAUCAGCGCUGUAGAGCAAAGGCUCAUGUCGGUUGGGGCCCCCGUUCGCGUGAGUGUCUCCUUAGCUGCUCCUUCAGCUGUCUCCUCGAGCUGCUACACCAACUGCCUAGCAGGCAGCCGGCUGAGAAGCAAAAUCAAAGAAGAAAAGGAGACAGCUCGUUCUGCUGCAGGCGUCGAGGUGAGCAUACAGCUGCAGCAGCAAAGGCAGUUCUGCUGCUCGCUGCUGCUGCGCGUCUGCGCAUGCAAGGAGACAGCAGCACGAGACAGCAGCAGCAGCAGCGGCAGCAGCAGCUCUUCAGGGCCCUUCGCAGGCCAGCGCUGUGCGCUGCAUCUGCAGCAGCAUCAACAGCAGCAUCAGCAGCAGCAACAGCAGCAGCAACACUACCAACAAGAGCAGCAGUAG